AUGGCGACCCCCGGUGCCCGCAAGGUCCGCGCCGGCGUCAUCGCCGCCUGUUUCGCUGCCGUCGUCUUCACCGGCGCCAUCUACGGCGCCGGCAUCAAGACGCAGCAAGAAUGGACAGAGAAGCGCGGCCAGUUCCGCCAGUCCCCCCUCAGCGAGCAAAUCUCCGUCCUCGAGUCCCAGCGGCAGGGCCUUGUCGAGCAACGCGCUGCCCUGACGAACAAGCUCGCCGCGUUUGAGGCCAGGGUCCGCGAAAGAGACGCCAAGGCUGCAAAGGAGGCGUCCGAGCCGGCAAGAUAG